AUGCCUGGUAUUCCAUCGGGCAAGGCUUGCGAAGCAUGCCGAAAGCAGAAGAAAAAGUGCGACGAGAAACAGCCAACCUGCGGACGAUGUCUGCGCUUGAAGAUACCAUGCGUGGGCUCUGGCCAACAAAGGUUUAAAUUCCAAGAAGAAAAGCGUUUCACCGAGCAAGUUCGACAAGAACAUAACAGCGUCGCUUUAUCUACAGCCAGUAAAUCUAAUAUCUCAUCAUCUAAUGGCACGCCCUUACCUCCUAGCGGCGGCCAAUUCCUGUUCAUCCACGCCAAACCAAGCAAUAGCACCACCCGAUUGGCAGAAGCCUUCACUCAAGCCAUUAAACGCUCCACUGAUAUCCGCUACAACCUCGAGUGGAGCUUUGGCAUAUUUCUCGAAGAAGUCCCUCGCCGAAUAGGCACUAACGAUGCACUGGACCGCGCCGUCGACGCGGUUACUAGCGCGCAUACGGACUUUUGCAACCGCCAGCCCGGAUCAGUGCAGGCGUUGACCAAGUACUCGGCUGCACUACGCACUCUACGGGUUUACUUGGAUGAUCCAGUUCAUGCACAGGAAACCAACACAAUAGCCGCAGUAAUGAUCCUCCUUAUCUGUCAGACGAUACUGGGGCAGACCACCACCCAGCAAUGGUCUGGACAUUGUGAAGGCGCGACACAAAUUCUCAAAGCUCGGAAGAACUUUGGACCCCGCAAUGAGUUCGAAGCAAAGAUUUACAUGUCCCUACGGGGAAGUGUUCUAUUCGAGGGCCUCUUCAACCAUCGGAUCCAACUCAGCGAAGAAGAAUGGGAUUCUCUCAUCGUGAAUGAAUACGACAGGCGUAAUCCCGAAGGCCGCCUACUGCAAACUCUCUCCCGAGCCCCAGGUUUAAUGCGCCGUGCCAGAAUCUUUCUCCGAACAGCAUCCGACCCAACAGGCGUCCAAGAUGAACUCUGGACACUCUACCAAGCCUGCAAGCUCGACCUAGACAAACUCAAACAAGGAAGUAUCCACAAAGAUCUCUCUAUCGCCGAAGCCCUACCCCGAGGAUCCCAUCGCGCAUGGCUAGAACGCCUCCUAACCGUACACUACGACCGUAUAUACGGCAUCGGUCUGGUGAUAACCUUAUUCUUCAACUGCAUGCUACAAGCACUUGGGACACAUAGUGACGCGGUACAAGCCGAUGCGUACUAUUUCACCGAGGAGAUUCUCAUGUUGGCUGAGAUAUCGGAGGAUCUUCGGCCAAUGGGGUCGGGGUAUCUGAUUAUUUGUCUUACGACAGCGUGGGCAGCGAGCAGAGAUAUUGAGCAGAGAGGGAGGGUUCUGACGUGGCUGUGUGAUUACCAGAAGGAUUUUAAUAAUUGGCAAUUCAGUCGUUGGCAGCAGGAUCUGAAGUGGACGGCGGAGCAUUUGUGUUUGGGGGAUCCGUUGGGGUUGCAUCAAGAUGUGGAUUAUUCGGGUUAUCUGGUUCGUUAA